AUGGGGGUCUUUGAUGAUGCUCCGGCUCCUCGGAAGUGGACUGGUGCCGGUGGUCGGAAGACCAUGGACAAGCCGUACCGAAUAACGGACGUAAAAGGGAAAGGACAAGGUGUCGUGGCUACAAAGCCUAUAAAACAAGGGGACAUCAUCAUGGUGGAUGUUCCAGUCUUGUUGGUCAGUCAAGAGUUCCUGAGGAAGACCGGGAAAGAGGGUAAGGGACACCUGAGAAGACGAAUGGUGAAGAGGGGGUUAGAGCAACUACCGGAGAGCAUGAGACGGAAGGUAAUGGGUUUGCAAAAGGGACCCGGGAUGUAUGAGGUUGAUGCACUAUUGGGGAUCAAUGUGAAAGGGUUGGGAGGCGUUGGGAGCUCGGCAUUGGGACUGCUGGAGGACGAGGAGUGGUUCAAGGGUGAGGAGCGGACAGGGCUGUUCACUGAGGUUGCGCACCUGGCCGAGCUCUACAACACAAUGCUCCACGCCAGGUCCGAAGGCUUCUACCAAGAUGCAGUCAACAUUCUGAAGGACUGGCUCGAUUUCGCGGAACUGGAAGGGCUGAUGCCGCUGAUGGGUGAAUAUCAUGGGAUCAUGGCGGAUUUGUAUCUUCUGCUGGCGGAAAGAGGGAGUGCUGAUGGUAGGAAGGUGGAUAGAGAAGGAGCGCUGAGGGAAGCGCUGAAGGAGGCGAGGAUGGCGGUUGAUACGUGGGUGAAGUUGGGAAGUGUGAAUGAUGUGAAGGCUGAGGGAGCGAGGGUGAUGCUUGAGAAGGGGUUUAAGUUGAAGGAAAGAAGGGGAAAGUGA